AUUACUGGGUGCAAGCGUUCUUCGCGAGAAGAGGAGAGACCGAGACGAGAAGGAAUGCGACGAUAGAACGAGACCGAGAUAAAGAGGGAAGGCGAGAGAGGAUUCGUCUUUUUCGUCUUUCGAGCAAUCGGAAGAGGAAACGGAGAUCCGGCGCCUUACUGAUCAGAUCCUUGCCAGGGUUUCCGCUAUCUCCCUCCGUCUUUCCCCUCCCAACCCGGUCAAUACUCUGUUGAUUACCCCUGAUCUCUCUCACCUUUCUGGGACACAAGAUGGGGGUUAUGUCAAGGAAGGUUGUGCCUGCAUGCGGGGCGCUGUGCUUUCUCUGCCCUUCAUUGAGAGAAAGAUCUAGGCAACCAGUAAAGCGGUACAAGAAGCUGUUAGCUGACAUUUUUCCUCGUGCUCAGGAUGAAGAACCAAAUGAUCGAAAAAUUGGCAAGUUAUGUGAAUAUGCUUCGAGAAAUCCACUUCGCAUUCCGAAGAUAACAACUUAUUUGGAGCAGAGAUGUUACAAGGAGAUGAGAAACGAACGCUUUGGCUCUGUUAAAGUUGUGAUGUGUAUUUACCGUAAAUUAUUGAUUGCUUGUAGGGAGCAAAUGCCACUGUUUGCAAGUAGCUUACUGAGCAUCAUACACACUCUUUUUGAUCAAACAAGACAUGAUGAAAUGCAAAUUAUAGGAUGCUAUACACUUUUUGACUUUGUUAAUAGCCAGGUGGAUGGUACAUACCAGUUCAAUUUAGAAAGCAUGGUUCCACGAUUGUGCAGUCUAGCUCAAGAAGUGGGAGAGGAUGAAAAUGCAGGCUCUUUACGUGCAGCAGGCUUGCAAGCUUUAUCUUCUUUGAUUUGGUUUAUGGGCGAAUUUUCUCAUAUCUCUUCAGAGUUUGACAGUAUUGUUUCUGCUGUCUUGGAGAACUAUGGGGUCCCCAAAAAGAAAUCAGAGGAUGGCCAACAAAGUGAACAGGUCACACAGAGCCGGUGGGUAGAGGAAGUCCUUAAGACUGAGGGUCAUGUAACUCCUUCUCCCUUUGUAAUAACAAGGGUUCCUUCCUGGAAAAGCAUAGUAAAUGAUAGAGGGGAACUUAAUUUGACUACGGAUGAAACAAAAAACCCCAACUUUUGGUCCAGAGUUUGUGUGCAUAACAUGGCAAAGCUAGCCAAGGAAGCCACUACUGUACGACGUGUUUUGGAGUCUUUAUUUCGAUAUUUUGACAACAAUAGUUCAUGGUCUGUGGAAAAUAGUCUUGCUCGGUAUGUCUUAUUGGAUAUGCAGUUAUUGAUGGAAAAGGCUGGUCAAAACACACAUCUGUUAAUAUCAAUAUUGGUCAAGCAUCUUGAGCACAAGGCUGUCCUAAAACAGCCUGACAUUCAAUUAAAUAUAGUUGAAGUUACUGCUAGUCUCGCUGAGCAGUCAAAAGCUCAGGCAUCAGUAGCAAUUAUAGGUGCAAUAACUGACCUGGUGAAACAUUUGCGAAAAUCCAUGCACUGUGCACUUGGUAGUGAAAAUUUGGGUGACGACAUUGUCAAAUGGAACAAUAAUUUUCAAACAGCUGUAGAUGAGUGCAUCAUUCAGUUAUCUAAAAAGAUUGGAGAUGCUGGGCCUGUUCUUGAUAUGAUGUCUGUCAUGCUGGAAAAUAUAUCGACCAAUGUAUCAAUGGCUAGGUCAACUAUCUCUGCUGUGUAUCGUACAGCUCAGAUAAUUGCAUCGAUACCAAAUUUGACAUAUCAGAAUAAGGCUUUUCCUGAAUCUCUAUUUCAUCAACUGCUCUUAGCAAUGGUUCACCCUGAUCAUGAAACACGUGUGGGUGCUCACCGUAUAUUCUCUGUUGUUCUUGUUCCAUCUUCUGUAUGUCCUCAGCCUUGCUCAGUGACUCCAGAAUCACCCAAGAACUCUGAUCUUCAGAGAACACUCUCAAGAACAGUUUCUGUGUUUUCAUCUUCAGCUGCUCUGUUUGAGAAACUCAGACGGGAAAAGGGCUCUUUGACAGAGAAACCAUACCAACAAAAUGUUAACAUAGUUCCAUAUAGUUAUGAUGGACGAGAGAAUAGCAGUAAUGAGGCACAACUUUAUAAGCUUCAGUCAUCUCGAAGCCGCGCUCGUAGCAUAAAAGUCACUCCACCUGUGACUGCAGACAAUGUUACAAUGAACAAGUCAAACAAGGAUUCAGUUCUUUUACGAUUGAACAACCGUCAAAUAACGCUUCUGCUUUCAUCCAUUUGGGCUCAGGCCCUGUCCCCUGAAAAUAUGCCAGAUAACUAUGAAGCAAUUGCUCAUUCUUAUAGUUUGACACUGUUGUUCUCUCGAGCAAAGACCUCAAUCCAUGAAUGUCUUUGUCAGAGUUUUCAGCUUACCUUCUCUCUAAGAAGCAUUUCACUUGGAGGGGGUUCUCUUCCACCAUCACGUCGUCGUUCCCUAUAUACUCUCACAACAGCUAUGUUUAUUUUUUCUUCAAAAGCAUUCAAUAUAGGGCCUCUUAUUCCAAUUGUUAAGUCAUCUCUUAAUGAGAGAACGGUUGAUCCAUUUCUCCGGUUGGUUGAAGACGGUAAACUUCAAGCUGUGAACACUGCAUCCAACAAUUUCUCAAUAGCUUAUGGGUCACAAGAGGAUGAUAACAAUGCCUUAGAAUCUCUUCAAGCUGUAGAACUGACAGAAAGCCAGUCCAAAGAAUCCAUUGUUUCUCUGAUCAUGAAUAGUUUAAGCGAUUUAUCAGAUUCAGAAAUAUCUACUAUAAAAACACAACUGCUGAGUGACUUCUUGCCAGACGACGUUGGUCCACUUAGGCCUCAGUUUGUGGAAACAUCUGGACAGAUUUUGCCAUUUGAGUCUCAAAAGGAGAACACCCUAGAGGUUACAUCUCGAAAUCUGAUUGAUUUUGAUAACUUUCCUGAAGGAUUUGAAACAGUAACAGACCAUUCACAAUUGGCUAAUGGCACAUUCGAUCUUCUCAGCGUCGAUCAGCUUUUAGAAACAGUCUUGGAGACAGCAUGGCCCGUUGGAAGAUUUUCUGCGUCAUCCACCUCUGAUGUGCCAUUCAAAGAGAUGGCUGGUCACUGUGAGGCUCUUACAAUGGGAAAGCAACAAAAAAUGUCUGUCUUCACAAGUGCUCAACAAAAUCAUGAUAUCUUAUUUGGUGGUCCCUUAGAAGAACUAUAUGAAGAGAAAAAGUCAUCAUUCUCCAAUACUAACCAAUCCGAAAAGAGUGGUAAUCCUUUCCUUGACGAGAAAUUGUGUGCGGACCUGCAAAGACAGUUUUGUGGCAACAAUAUGAUAUUAAAUGCUGAGUUCCAUCAUCAGCCUCAGUGCCUCAGGCUCCCAGCCUCAAGCCCAUAUGACAACUUCCUGAAGGCCGCAGGCUGUUAGAGGAUGGCCAGAAAACUCGACCCCUUGAUAGAUGUUGCUAGUGUAAAUUUUCUUAAUCAAGCUUAAAACUUCCUCGUUCAGGAUGAUGGUUCCCACACUUCAUGUUGUGUAGAGUUCUAUCUUGUAAUGGUGGUCAUGGAGAUGUGAAAUUCCAUUCAUUCUUUCUUGUACCUUAUUCUGUCGGGAAAUCCAAAGAAAAGAAAAGAAAAGAAAAGAAAGUUUUCCCUUUUCUUUUCUUUUGGUUUGUUAUGAAGCCUGAGGGGGCAGCUCAAUUUGUUGAAUCCAUAUUUGUUGCAUGGGACACUUGUGAACAUUCUUCAUGUUGGAUUGUAGUGGAGCUUAUUAGUAAAUUUUGGCUUCUGGACUACAAGCAAUUCUCUUGCUUGAUCUUUUCUAUUGCAAGGAACUUUUUACCUCCA